UAUCUUUCAAGUUUUAGUGCAUUUUUUUGGAAUUUGGGAUGAUAAAAACACAGUAAAAUUGUGAUUUCUUGAUAAAAAUCUAAAAGAUUUAUCAAACUUCCAGAAUUUAUAAAUUGAAAGUGAUUCUUUACUCCAGGAAAUACUCGAAGAGAUAAUUUAAGAUGUCAGCAGGAAGACCUAUCAAGUGUGUUGUGGUGGGAGACGGUACCGUUGGCAAAACUUGUAUGUUAAUAUCGUAUACAACCGAUAGUUUUCCGGGAGAAUAUGUUCCAACUGUCUUUGACAAUUAUUCGGCUCCUAUGGUUGUGGACGGUGUGGCAGUGUCCCUAGGCCUCUGGGAUACUGCGGGACAAGAGGACUACGACAGACUGAGACCACUUAGUUACCCACAGACAGAUGUCUUCCUGAUAUGUUUUAGUGUAACAAGUCCAUCUUCUUAUGAGAAUGUCACAUCAAAAUGGUAUCCUGAAAUAAAACACCACUGUCCUGAUGCGCCAAUAAUUUUGGUUGGUACAAAAAUAGAUUUACGAGAUGAUCGUGAAACUCUCAGCUUGCUAUCUGAACAAGGAAUGUCUCCCUUAAAAAGAGAACAAGGACAGAAGUUAGCAAAUAAAAUACGAGCCGUAAAGUAUAUGGAGUGUUCUGCUUUGACACAGCGUGGGUUGAAACAGGUGUUUGAUGAAGCCGUUCGCGCCGUACUGAGACCGGAGCCGCAAAAGAGACAUCAGAGGAAAUGUUUGAUCAUGUAAAUAUAGCACAUACUGAGAAAAUGUGGCAAAAUAUUAAUUUAUUGUAUUGCAUUUAGAUGUAUGCAAGAAUCUCAGUGACAGUAAUAAUAUGUUUCUACGCCAAUUCUACUUUUGGAUGUCAUGACACAUUUUAUGUUGGGUAUUUUGGAGAUCAAUGCUGAACGUGUACAUUUCGAUCUUAUAACUAUAAUUAUAAGGUCUAAAAGGCACUAGGUUUAUUUGCGUCCGUACCUACUUUCAUAUUGUGCCAUAAUUUGCAAAUUGUGAUAAGUCUCGUGUUGAUCAAUAGCAUCACAAUAAAUAAUUUAUACUUUGCUACAUAAUACCUAUGUGUAAAAAAAUGUAACAAAAAUACCAAAGAUUUAUACAUAGUUUUAAGUUUUCAUUUAGUCCUCGUUAGGCUGAACAAAAUGGUUGGAAACAAAUUGUUACUGUUAGUCGCGUCUAGAUGAUAUUAUUUUUAUAAUAUUACGAACCUCAAUAACUCAAAGUUUUGGAAUAAAUAUUAUAAUGUAACGCGAACGUUAAGGACUGACGAUAGAUACUAGUGUUUAUGAACUAAUUUUUUUUUUCAAUUAUAUUUGUACUGAUAGGCAUUUACAAUGUAACAGCAUUUUAACAAUAUUAGAUCUAACGGAAAGAAUAAUCUGUGGACUGAAAUAUUAUUAAAGAUCAAACAAUUUUAGAUUUGAAAACAAAAUAUUAUGAUAGUAACUUAACAUUUAUAGCAGCUAUUAUCUUUUAGAAAAUGAAUACAUAUUUGAUAAGUAAAAAAAAUUUGAUCUUUAAAAAAAUAUCACACAUCCAAGUAUUUCCCAACUAUGUAAAUGUCUUGAGAACUUGAUUGUAUGUAGAUUUUUGAGUCAGAAAAGGAUGUAGUUAGUAAAGCCUCAAUAUUGGCAACUUGUAUAAUACAUUAACCUUCAUAUCCCCGGGGGGUAAAUAGUUGGUACAAAAUGGGUUGUAAGUUCUGAGAUCCAUCUUCUUAGCGACCUAGAAGCGCAACCAGCUUGUAAGAGCGCUUACAGACGAACGGCACGUGUCGGCGGCAGUCAACGG